AUGCAGAUUGCACUAGCCAAGGUCGUUGACGAGGAAAUUAUUGAAGACAUGAAAGCCUCUGCUUACUACUCAGUCAUGCUUGAUGAAUCAACUGACCGUACAACAGAAAAAACUUUAAUGUUAUAUGUACGUUACAUAAAAUCAAAUGUGUCUGUAACAAGAUUUUUAUCUGUUCUUGAACUGUCUGGUGGUACUGCUGAUGUUAUAUUUACUGCUGUAAAAACGCUUUUUGAUAUGUAUGACUUAGAUUUUUCAAAGUGUAUAUCCAUCUCUACAGAUGGUGCUAGUGUAAUGACUGGUAUACGGUCAGGUGUAACUACUAAGUUUUCAGAGCAAAACCCUUUCAUAAUUAAGACACAUUGUAUUGCACACAGGCUAGCCUUAGCAUCAUCACAGGCAGCCAAUUCUAUUAAUUAUUUGAAGAAAUACCAGGGUACUCUUAAUGAGGUAUACACAUAUUAUCAUCAUUCAUGUAAACACAUGUCAGAGUUAAAAGCUAUGGCUACUAUUUUUGACAAGGCAGAGAAAAGGUUUCAGGUGGUGUUCAGUACAAGGUGGUUGUCCUUUGAAGGUUCUGUUUCCUCUCUUUUGCAUAACUUUGAUAUCUUGAUUGGCUGUUUGCUUGUGGAUGAGGAAGGUGGUAACAUUGUUGCUGGUGGCUUGGUUAGGUUUAUUUCUACUUAUGAGUUUUUAGCUGUCUCUCACUUCAUGGGUGAUGUUAUGGGUAUUGUUACUUGUAGAGUGAGUCGUGUAUUUCAGAGAGAGGAUCUGACUUUUUCUGUUAUCAAGGAUGUUAUUGACCCUGCCUGUGCUGCUAUUCUUGGUAUGAAGUCUACUGCUGGGCCUAAGUUGGAAUCCUUUCUGUCUGAAGUCCCCUCUGAGGUUCAGGAGAGUGGUAACUUUCUAUUUGGUGGCAAUCUUAUCAAGGACAGUCCCAGUCAGAGGUCGAAUUUUGAGAGUCUUAGGGUCAAGUUCAUUGAUCAGCUGGUCUUGAAUCUCCAGAGUCGUUUUCCUUCUCAGCAGAUUUUCCAGAGUUUAUCCAUCUUUGACCCCCAGUUUGUUCCCAGUGCUGGUAGUCAGGAGUUGCUUUCCUAUGGUAAGGAGCAGGUAGAUUUUCUGUGCAAGCAUUUUGGUCAGGAUAAGGGUGGUCACAAGGCUCUGAUUAGUGAGGUCCAUUUCAGGGAGGAGUGGUUGAUGUUCAAGCAGGUCUUACCAGGUUACAAAGGUGUUAGGAUGGACAGUGCUUUGUCUUCACUUCUGUGUAAGGAUUCCUUUGCUGUGGACUAUCCUAAUGUAGCCAACUUUCUUUCUAUCUGUCUUGUUUCUGCUUUAUCUUCAGUUGAUUGUGAGAGGGGUUUCAGUAGGUACAAUCUCAUUAAGACAUAUCUCAGGAACAGGUUGAGGGUCUCAUCUGUCAACACUCUUCUCAAGAUCUGUCUCCAUCCUUCUGACUUGAGGUCUUUUAGGUUUAGAAGGGCUUUUGAGUUGUGGUGCAAGGCUAAGGACAGGAGGAUUUUGUUUUACUAGUGGACUCUAGUGUGAAGUUUGAUGUAGUUAGAUCUAGUUGUCAUAGAAUGUUAAGCAACUCUUUUUUAUGCUAAUAGUAGCUUUUAUGUAGGUCAAAUAGUAACUAUUUUUAUGUGAUAGUGUAAUAGUAGCUUUUAUGUAGAUCAAAUAGUAACUAUUUUUAUGUAUUGUGUAAUAUAUAUAUAUGUUAUUUAUGCAUGAAUACUGUUUUAUUUCAGGAUUUAUUGUUAUAUCUGUAUCUGUUUACUCAUGAAAUACUGAAAUAGAAAAUAAAAUACUAAACAUGAAAUAAUGAUGUGGUUUUUAUUUAUUUAUAUGCUUAUGAGGUAAUUUUUUGUCUUCCGCAAAAGUGACUAAAGGUCUCAAAAUCCUAGCUGAAACC